AUGGCAUCAGCUAAUGUAAAGAAAUUUUGUGCCACAUGUCUCAAACAUGGUGAUGUGUUCACUUGUCGUGGUUGUCGAAAAUCAUAUUGCGCUAAACAUAUCGAUGAACAUCGAGAAAAACUUUCCAAAGAAGUAGCUAAUCUUGCAGACGAACUUGAAUUUGUACGAAAUAGUUUAAAUCAAGAAAAUGAAGCACAAUCUCUUCUUUCUAUGGUGAACAAAUGGGAACAAGAAUCGAUUGCAAAAAUUUGUCUAGCUGCAGAAACCGUUCGAACAGAUAUACAACGAUGUAUAGAUCGAAAUAAUCUCGAAGUGAAAAUUCCCUUUGAAAGAAUAUCCAAUGAACUUCGAUCUUGUCAAGAAAACGAUGAUUAUACAGAAAUAGAUCUUAAACGAUGGACUCAACAUUUAGAAGAAUAUCGCGACAAAAUAGAAAAACUACCUAAUAUUGAUAUAAAUAAUGAUGAUGAUACUGGAAAAAUUCAUUUAGUUAAAAUAAGAGAUAUGAACGACGAACUGCAAUCUUAUUCUAUUAUUCAUUCAACACCUAAUCUUGAUAAAAGUGCGUUUAGUAUUCCAGAACCAAAUCUUCUCGUUCGGGAAAAAUUUGACGAUGUUUUUGGAUCGGUUGCCUUAUUAGACGAUGGUCUUGUAGCAACAUAUGCUGGCCCUUGGCUAGGUGAUUCAAGUAUUUGUGGCAUUAACGUUUAUUCAACUGGAACACAUCACAUUCGUUUUCGUAUUGUAGAAAAAUUUUAUGAUUCACCCUUCUUCGGUAUAAUUACUGCAUCGCAGAAAAAUGCAAAAGGCGUUUUAGGAACCGUAUCGACAAAUGGAUGGUGGAACUUUGACUUUCCUAUCAUAAACGGUGAAAAAGAUAAUCGCGUUGGAAAAGACAAAAUAAUUCGACUACAAGAUGACCUUACAUUAACAUUAGAUUGUGAAAGAAAACAGAUUUUUCUCAAGCAUCAUCGAACGAAAAGACUUCUUCAUAUACCCGUUGAUAUGCGAGCAUGCCCUUUUCCAUGGAGGAUACUUGUUGUUUUACAUCGUCGCGGGGAUACCGUACGCAUUAUAGGUGGUACAUUAAGUUUAACGAGAGAAAAUCUAUCAAGUAGAUUAAGUGAAAAUCGACCAAUUUAA